ACAAACAACACAUCACAAAUACAUAUCCAACCCUGAGCCCAAAAUGCCGAGGAGGUACAGAAAAAACGGAUACGGCCUCGAUAUGUCGGCGCUCCUCCAGCCGUUCUCUUAUAAUGGAACGAACGCCAAAACACCCACAAUGCCCAGAAGGCACCUACGAACCGGAUACGUCAAGCAAAUCGCCCCCCAGCCGCACGCAUCCAAGGAAAAUGACACCAAAAAGGGCACAAACAGGAGGUACGGACGAGGCACAGACGUCAACCCUAUGCCAAUUGUCUCCCAGACCCCCUCAUCUAAGGAGGUCGAAACCGAAGCAAGUACCAAAUCCAGGAAAUGUCGUUUCUAUCGCCGCGACAAACCCACAAAGCAAAAGGAUGGCAGCGACGACGAUAACUACACAGACUCCGAAGAGGAAAUUGUACCAGACCUCGACGAAGAGGCUCUCUCACUACUCCCACUUCAUCUUCAAAAUAAUAUGCGUGAAAUUCAUGCAGAGCGAGUCCAACAGUGGCAACAAAACAAUUUCCCAGGAGAGCAACCCCAGCACGAGCGUCAACUCUGCUUUCGACACCGAAAACGCGAGAAGCCAGAGCGGAAACAGAAAGCAGAUUCCGAGUCGGAUUUUGAGCUCAGGGGCAAUGAGUGCAGCAAAUACGUGGAAACGUGGUUCAAGAACAUGAUGGCGGGCGUGGCGGCCACAAGAGAGCAGGAUGCGAGGAUGUUGCAGGGGCAAAAUGCUGAUAGCCUUGGGACUCUGGAGAAUAUGACUUGGUGUCCAGUACGGCAUACAUGGGUUCCUGCUUACUUUGGGCAAGAACAUGGAGAGAAUGAGGUGGACGAUAGGUCUCCGGGUAGUCGCACUAGAUUGUGCGGCAUCGGUAGCCACCAGACCUCUCCUAUGUCUGAAGCAGAGACAGUCGUUGAAAAAGACUACUUUCGACCCCGUCCUAACAAAGGGUAUAUGUGGUGGAGGUGCUCUGGGCCGUUCUAUGAGUUAGAGGCUGGCACUCUUCAAAAAGGUUGCCAGGGCGAGAAACAGUUUGUUAAAAAGCCCCCGUCGCUACUUUCAAAAGCGUAUAAUGGGGCCCGCAAAAGGACCCAAAACAUCAAACAAAUCUUCAAGAAGUGAAUGCAUUAUUGGAUUGAUUGUGAGUUCAGAGUGCUGAUUAGCGUUUGGAUUUCGAUGUGGGAUUUGGAAAGCGAGAAACAUAGGGUAUUGUGUAUGGUUUUAAGGUCUCCC